AUGUCCACUCUACUAAAGUCUGCCAAGUCUAUCGUUCCUCUUAUGGACCGUGUUCUUGUUCAAAGAAUUAAGGCCGAAGCCAAGACUGCUUCUGGUCUAUUCUUGCCAGAAAAGAACGUGGAGAAGUUGAACCAAGCUAAGGUUGUUGCUGUUGGUCCAGGUUUCACCGAUGCCAACGGUAACAAAGUUACCCCACAGGUCUCUGUUGGUGACCAAGUGCUAAUCCCACAAUUUGGUGGCUCUACUUUGAAGUUGGCCAACGACGAAGAAGUCAUCUUGUUUAGAGACUCUGAGAUCCUAGCCAAGAUAAAGGAUAACUAA